AUGUCCGAAAAUUCUGAAAUCAGCAAAUAUACUGAAAAACAUCCUCUCUUUUCACAAACACCUCUAGAGCCUCGUGACGCUUUUUACGGUGGGCGAACAGACGCCACAAAAUUAUAUUAUUCUUAUAAGGAAGGGGAGAAAAUAAAUUAUCGGGAUAUUUGCAGCCUCUAUCCGUACAUAAACAAAUAUGGAAAAUACCCCAUAGGUCAUCCAGAGGUUUAUGUGGGAGAAGCAUGUUAUGCUUUAGAUCUAAAGACUACAAAUGGAUUAAUUAAAUGUAAAGUGUUACCACCUACAAAUCUCUAUCAUCCCGUUCUUCCAUAUAAAACAAACAAUAAAUUAAUUUUCCCUCUAUGCCGUACUUGUUGUGAAAAUAUGUUAAAGGAAGAGUGUAGUCAUGCGGGCGAAGAGCGUGCAAUUACGGGGACUUGGGUAAUGGACGAGGUGACAAAAGCUUUGGAAAAAGGCUAUAAAAUAUUAGAUAUAUAUGAAAUUUGGGAAUAUGAAACGGUACAGUACGAUCCUUCCACAAAGUCUGGCGGUCUUUUUGCUGACUAUAUUUCUAAAUUUUUAAAAAUAAAACAACAAGCUAGCGGGUGGCCUCCAGAGUGUAAGACUGAUGAAGACAAAAAGAUGUAUAUAAAAGAAUAUUUUGACAGAGAGGAAGUAGAGCUAAACCCCGAUGAAAUUGAGUACAAUUCUGGGCGUAGACAAGUCGGCAAAUCUAUAAUUACUAGCUUCUGGGGAAAACUUGGACAAUUAGAGAACCAGAGCAAAUGUUCUAUUGUUAAUGACCCAGCAGAACUAUUAGAUAUUCUGUCACAGCCUUACAAAGAAGUUAACCAUAUAUUCCCAGUUAACGAGAACACUCUCAUCGUUAACUGGUCCUUUAAAGAUGAGGCAUAUACUUCUCUACCGACCGUAAAUGUUGUUUUGGCAGCCUUCACGACCGCACAUGCUAGACUAAAACUAUAUUCAUAUCUCGAGAAACUAGGUGAUAGAGUAAUCUACCACGAUACUGAUUCUGCUAUCUACGUCUCGCGCCCUGGAGAUACGUAUGAAGUACCCAUUGGAAGCUAUCUCGGCGAGAUGACGGACGAGCUAGCUGAAUACGGUGAGGGUAGUUAUAUUACAGACUUUGUCUCAGGCGGCCCUAAGCUCUAUGUUUAUAGGGUUUAUUCAACAGAUAAAGAUAAAACCAUUGAUAUUAUAAAAGUUAAAGGGAUAACACUUAAUUAUAGCACACAUAAACAAGUAAAUUUCGAUAAAUUAAAAGAUAUGGUCCUUAACGAUGCCACCGAAGAGUAG